AGUCACAGAGAAUGACAAACAGUCGGACUUCGAAAUAUUAACAUUAGUCUCUCUAAUCUGUUACUACAAAACAAAUGCUAUAACUUCUGUUUUGUGAUCAAUUCUAGCUUAUUUUUCUCAAUUUUUAGUUUAAAAAUUAUAAAUAUAAUAAAAUGUUUACGGAUAAUCAAGAUCAUGAUUGCGCUGUGUGUUUACAAAAAUGUCAUCACCCAACACAGCUUCCUUGUGGUCAUAUUUUUUGUUUUCUCUGUGUUAAAGGUAUAGCAAUACAAAGUAAAAAGUGUGCAAUGUGCCGUGCUGAUAUACCAUCUGAUUACCUUGAUCAUCCAGUGUUACUGGAAAAUCUCUCUACCUUACUAGAAAAUACACACUCUGAUACUGAACAAUAUCAGUGGUAUUAUGAAGGAAGAAAUGGUUGGUGGAAAUAUGAUGAACGCAGUAAUACUGAAUUAGAAGCCGCUUUCAAUAAUGGAGAUGUUGAGUGUACCCUUCUUAUAGCUGGGGCAUUAUAUAGUAUUGAUUUCCAGAAUAUGGUGCAAGUGCGACGCAGUGAUCCCACAAGACGUCGUCUAGUACGCCGUGAUCACUCCAUGUUGCAAGCAAAAGGAGUAGCUGGAAUAAAACAUUUUGACAGUAAUAAAACCGCGCAACCUAAAAGUAGCAGUGAAAACAAUGUGAAUGAAAUAAUUAACCAAGAAGCAGAAGAUGAAAUUAUUGAAAUUUCAGAUAAUGAAGAUGUCAUUCCGAUUUAUAACACUGACUCUUCUCAACAUGAAGAGACUGAUGAUAUAAUUCAAAGAUUUAGCACAGUAAACUUACGUGAACCAGAAUCUCCUACAAAUAUUUCCUCAACUGAAGAUACAUGAUUGUAAAUUAUAUUUGUCAAGUCAGGAUAUUUCCAAAGAUAAAAUUUGGAAUCAUAAUAUAUUAUGUACCUAUUAUAUCAGUUUAUACGUUUGCAUGUACCUACUUAAGAUGUACUUAGAAAAUUGUUAAAGGAAUGUCCUUUUUUUUAAUUGUAAAUUUAUAUUAGUGCCAAAAUAAACAUUGUCUAUGGUGGUCACUAAAUUGAUUAUAGUUACAUUUAUGAUUAAAUAUUUAGUAAUUUAUUAAUUGCAGAUUGUUAUAGAAAUUAUUAAAAUAAAAUCAUAAUAACUAUGAUUACUCUGGUUUCGUAUAAGAGGUCCGGUUUUAAACCUUGCUCUCUUAAAUAUGAUUUUCAUAUAUUAAAAAUGUUAAUAAGUUGUUAGUAUUAUUUAUGUUGAAUUUGAUGAUAUAAAAGAUAACCUCUAGCCUAUUAAUUUAGUAGUGUGCACAACAUUGGUAAGUAUAUGUAUGUAAGUUGUAUGUAGCAGGUAAGGACGUUGUGCCUGCCUAUAAUUAGUAUGGUGUUGCACAUAAGUUGUUAGUGUACAGUUUUCAAGCAGUAGAUCUUUAUUUUAUAAAGUUCAUUCACAACUGAGUAUUUGCUCACAUUAUUGAAGUCUAAUAUAAUGCUUAUGUAUUUUAAGUUAAUUUUACUUCUAGGAAUUCUGCAUUAAUAAUACAUGGUACAAAAUAAGUGCUAGGUAUAGUAAUGAUAGGGAGAAAUAGGUAUGAAUUAGAAACUGUAUAUUAUCUAUCUGUCUGUAGUACAAUCAUUGCAUACAAAUCUGUUUUUAACUUAUUUGAAUAUUAGACUAAUUGGCACUGAAUGUAAUGAGGAUAUUAUAAAUUAAAAUACAUAACUUUGAAGA